CUUUGAUCGAUUUGAUGUUUAUAAUAGUAAUUUAUUUUGAAAACGUGCGGAAUUAGGGGUGGGUUGCGUGCUGAGUUUUUCUUCUUCAGUGCUCCACUAGUAAUAUUUUCAAUUACAAAAUUGGGGGUUUUCAGUUUCAUAAAUAUUAAGGUUUCUUCUUUCUUCCCUGACUUUGUGAACAGCGUAUGGAUCCGAUUUUUUGGAGAAAUUGAUAUCGCAAUUUGUAGGAACACCUUUUUUGGUGAUUCCUUUUUAAAUCUUUCAAAGAUUAGAGUUCACAAUCUGAAACGAUGAUGAUGUUUGAAGACAUGGGGUUUGGUGACAUUGAGUUCUUCCAAUCUCUCCCUGUAAAGGGAGCAGAUAUGUGUGCCCUGCCGCCUGCGGAGUCUGAGGCUGAGGCAGAGGAUGAUGACUACUCCGAUGAGGAGAUAGAUUUGGAUGAGCUCGAGAAGAGAAUGUGGAGGGACAAGAUGCGGCUGAAGCGGCUCAAGGAGAUGAGCAAGGGGAAAGAAGGUGUUGAGUGUGUGAAGCAACGGCUUUCACAUUCGCAUACGCAGGAGCAGGCGAGGAGGAAGAAGAUGUCGAGGGCGCAGGAUGGGAUCUUGAAGUACAUGUUGAAAAUGAUGGAAGUGUGCAACGCUCAGGGGUUCGUGUAUGGGAUCAUCCCGGAGAAUGGCAAGCCCGUGAGUGGGGCGUCCGACAAUCUGAGGGAGUGGUGGAAGGAGAAGGUGAGGUUUGAUCGCAACGGGCCAGCUGCGAUAGCUAAGUACCUGUCGGAUAACAAGAUCCCGGGCGAGAAGGAGGGGUGUAGCGCUAUUGGUCCGACUCCUCACACGCUGCAGGAGCUUCAGGACACCACCCUCGGGUCUCUGCUGUCGGCUCUGAUGCAGCACUGCGACCCUCCACAGAGGCGAUUCCCGUUGGAGAAGGGGGUUUCGCCUCCGUGGUGGCCGACUGGGAAUGAGGAGUGGUGGCAUCAGCUAGGCCUGCAGAGGGACCAGGGCGGCCCUCCGCCUUACAAGAAGCCUCACGACUUGAAGAAGGCGUUCAAGGUUGGCGUCCUGACCGCGGUCAUCAAGCACAUGUCUCCCGACAUUGCAAAGAUCCGUAAGCUCGUGAGGCAGUCCAAGGGUUUGCAGGACAAAAUGACGGCCAAGGAGAGCACGACCUGGCUGGCCAUUGUUAACCAAGAGGAAGCCAUUGCUCGGGUACUCUACCCCAACCACCGCCCGCCCCUGUCCUCCUCCGAGGGCAGCGGACCAUUCCCCAUCAAUGAGUACGACGUGGAAGGGGCUGAGGCGUCUAGCUUUGACGUGCACGAGCAGAAGCCUAACCCGCUCGCUCUGUUUCAUCCCCCCAUCAAGGAUGAAACCAUCAUCAACUUGGACUUCUCCAAGAAGCGAAAAUUGAUCAACGAGGCUAAUGGCUCGACGAUGAUGGUGGAUCAACCACCGGCACUCUACAACGACACUCGCUACGGGUUUCGUGGUCGAACAUGGAGGGACAACCACAACCACCUGCCUGAGUUUGGGGUCUCGAGCUUCAAUAACAACAACGGGAUGAAGCUGCCAACUGCGUUUCCUCCAAAUCCAGGCUCUUUCGAUCUGUCUGGAGCUGGGGUUCCGGAAGACGGGCAGAGGAUGAUCAGCGAGCUUAUGUCGUGUUACGAGAGCAAUUUGAAUGCAGGUAAUAAUAACAAGGAGGUGGAGACUGUGAACGUAGCCGAUAAUGCUGGGCUGUUCCGGUCGGCUGAUUGUUUCCCGACGAUGUUUAGCUCGCCGUUCGACAUGUGUGCGUCGGCGGACUUUGGCGAGGGCUUUCCGAGGGACAACAUGGCGAAGCAGGAUGGGUCUAUGUGGUACUAGCGAACUGACGAUGCGGCCUCAAUCAGAAAAGUGGCUGGAGUUGUGGAGUAAUAAAGCAAAUGAGGAUUUAUGUUUGAAUCCUGAUUAGGUUUAUGUAGAUAUUAUAAUUAUAUGAAUAUGUAGUUUAUCAUAAUAGUUUAAUUUUGUUGUGUAGGUUUGUUUGUUUUUAUUUGCUCUGUUUCUAUUAUGUUUGGUUGUUGAUGUACAAAGCCUAAAAUAUCAUGUGUUUUAACGUUUCAGGAAAUAUUUUGUUGACUCAA